AUCGGCGACGCGGAGCACAGAAGGUCUUUCCGCUGCUGUGUUUCCGGUUUCAAGAGGGUCGCCUAAUCUGUGUAGUGAAACUUCUUCCACCUUUCUCCAUCCUCUAGGUGUUUUUUUUUUGAACCUGGAUGUGACGCAUUAAAAGACUCGACGGAAAUAGAAUCAAAGGCGUUCUAAAAUGGCUAACCGUACAGUGAAGGAUGCGCAUAGCAUCCAUGGCACCAACCCUCAAUAUCUGGUGGAGAAGAUCAUUCGAACGCGAAUCUAUGAGUCCAAGUACUGGAAAGAGGAGUGCUUUGGACUUACGGCUGAACUUGUAGUUGAUAAAGCCAUGGAGUUAAGGUUUGUGGGUGGCGUCUAUGGUGGCAACAUAAAACCAACACCCUUUCUGUGUUUAACCUUGAAGAUGCUUCAGAUUCAACCUGAAAAGGAUAUCAUUGUAGAGUUUAUCAAAAAUGAAGAUUUCAAGUAUGUCCGCAUGUUGGGGGCACUUUACAUGAGGCUGACAGGCACUGCAAUUGAUUGCUACAAGUACUUGGAGCCUUUGUACAACGACUAUCGAAAAAUCAAGAGCCAGAACCGAAAUGGGGAGUUUGAAUUGAUGCAUGUAGAUGAGUUUAUUGAUGAACUAUUGCACAGUGAAAGAGUCUGUGAUAUCAUUUUGCCCCGGCUACAGAAACGCUAUGUAUUAGAGGAAGCUGAGCAACUGGAGCCUCGAGUUAGUGCUCUGGAAGAGGACAUGGACGAUGUGGAGUCCAGUGAAGAGGAAGAGGAAGAGGAUGAGAAGUUGGAAAGAGUCCCAUCACCUGAUCACCGUCGGAGAAGCUACCGAGACUUGGACAAGCCCCGUCGCUCUCCCACACUGCGCUACAGAAGGAGUAGGAGCCGGUCUCCCAGAAGGCGAAGCCGAUCUCCCAAAAGGAGAAGUCUGACCAGUCUUUUCUACAGCCCCUCCCCCCGUCGAGAAAGGCAUCGGAGCAAGAGUCCAAGACGUCACCGCAGCAGGUCCCGAGAUCGGCGGCACAGAUCCCGUUCCAAGUCCCCAGGUCAUCACCGUCACAGACACAGGAGCCACUCAAAGUCUCCUGAAAGGUCUAAGAAGAGCCACAAGAAGAGCCGGAGAGGGAAUGAGUAAUGGACUCGGUUUGGUUGUAGUCCACAUGGCCUCCUGUGGAUAUGAGGAUAUCUGUCUAUGUGGAAGGCUUAAGAACUCCCCAGGCAGCUACAAGAAUAUUUUAAUUUUUUCUUAUAAAGUUUCUCAACCUUUAUUUUUAAUGAAGGAGGUGCUGAGUUUUGUAUCUCUUUUUAAUCAUCAUUAACAUCAGUUUUUGACCCAAGUAACCUUGACUUUAUUCAGAUUUACAAGGGUAGAAAGGAUCUGUAGGUUGAGGAUAUUAAUGACAAGGAAAGGAUAUGGCCACCUGAUGACCCUUCCCCUUUUUAUUAAACCAGACACAUCUGUUUCCCAUUUCUCUGUCAUUUAGUUUUUGGUUUGCUGUGGUUGGAACUGCUUUGAGAAUCCUGGGAUUUGUGCUGCUGCUAUUAUUCAAAGAUAUGAGUAAAACAUAGUAGCUCCUAACAUUUUUCCAGCAGCAGCAAGUGGUGGUAAACAUGAAAACUGGUUAGCAGUUUUGAAAGAACAGAAUGCAUUCAAAUGUAAGGCUUCUUCUGGAUCAUUAAAGCCAGUUUCAUCGAACAGUUCAACAGAGUGGUACUUAAUACCCCUUAUACAGCCCAUUUUUUCAUAGUUCCAUUGGUUCUUGCCCACAAACUUGAAAUCCAGGUUAAGCUAUCCAGCCUGUCAUAUAAGCAUUGACAUUAUACAGGACUAGUCGUUAGCAGUAGGGUAACAGGAUUGAAAAAGAUUUGAUGCAGAGCAAAGUAUCUAAUACUAGUCAUGGUUUUGAUCUAAAUUGCUAGACAAGAGUGCCAUUUACAAAGUCAGAAAAUACAGCAGGAAGAGAAGCUUUUAGAGGGGCAGAGAAUUAGAGGAUUGUGCUAGUAAUGAAAGUGAUGCAUUCAGUUUAACAAGUUUGAGACAGCUAUGGUAUAGCUUAAAAAAAAA